AUGUCCCCUGUUCGGGCUAAACAGAAGAAAUCGCUGCCGCCUCCAACGACAAUUUCCAAUUUUGUUCUGGCUUGCGUGUUGCAUUUAUGUCGGAAGUAUGUCCUGUUUGACAUUGACACAAAGGUUGGGGUUUAUCUGAUCACGGUGAUGUGCGGUUCGUUUCUGGCAGACUUUUGUCCCCUUUCGAGGAACCAUUACUUGGCCAACAAGCGGAACUUGUUCAACGUGUGCUUCGUGAAAUGGAGCUGGUUAUGGACGUUUUGCAUGGUCGGUAGUUUUAUAUACCUGUCGUCGAUGGUUUAUUGCAGGGGCGAUCUGCGAACAGUGUUUAGGCACUGCAGUCGACUGAUUGUGUCAACCCUUGUUUGGUGGGUGUUCACGACGAGCUUCGUGGAGAUCGAGCGACGCAGUGGAUUUUGCCUGAAAAGCACGUUCGUCACCAAGGAACAGUGCAUCAUGAACGGCAGUCGAUGGAUCGCAUUCGACAUUUCUGGUCAUUGCUUCCUGAUGAUCUACUGCUGUCUGGUGAUCAGCGAAGAGCUGAAGAUAUUUCGCAACUGGGACCGUAACGUACGUAUAUGUUUCGACCGCCAUGAGGAGCCGUCGGAUGACGAAGAAGUGUACGAGGGUGAGGUAACGACGACGGCGACGUCAUAUCGGGUCGAGGCUGAGUCGACGAAGACAGUUUAUUUGCAAAAUACAUAUUAUCUGCGGAUUUUGUUCGUCGUCAUAUCGAUGCUGCAUCUCGUGUGGGAUUGUAUGCUCGUUUCUACAGUGCUGUUUUUCCAUUCCUUCGCCCAGAAGUUCGUUGCCGCUCUUUUGGCUGUAGCUGCAUGGUUCGUUACCUACCGACUUUGGUACAAACAAAACUUUUCUCCAGGUCUCCCAGGCGAAGGCGUAUUCAUGUAG